GGAAGUAAACAUAAAAGAAGCUGGACAUUUGUCGCUGCGUCACAAAGGUAGAGAUUUACUCUGUGACGGUGGAAGAGUUCUAAUCUUUGAGCUCAGUUCGGAGUGUUAGCAACACGAUGUCGGUGAUGAUUAAAGCCUACCUGUUGGGGAAAGACGAGCAGGUGAAGGAGAUCCGGAGGUUCGCUGUGGACCAGGACGUGUCGUCCAGCUUCGAGUAUCUAAACAGGAAAACUACUGAAGUGUUUCCGAACCUGAAGGCCUCCAACUUCAAGCUGUUUUACAAAGAUGAAGAUGGAGACCUGGUGGCAUUUUCUUCUGAUGAUGAGCUGAUCAUGGGUCUGAGCUGCAUGAAGGACGCCACCUUCCGCCUCUUCAUUAAAGAGAAAAAGGAGCACCGUCGGGACUUUCCUCUUCACGCCUUUCCCCCUUUUGCUUUUGGGCCCCCUCCUCCACCUGGAGCUCCGCAUGCCCCACCCCCUCACCUGGGACCACACCCAACAAUGCAUCCCAAUGUCACCUGUGACGGCUGCGAUGGUCCCGUGGUGGGAACUCGCUUCAAGUGUUCAGUGUGUCCGAACUUCGACCUCUGCUCUGCCUGCCAGGCUCGAGGGGCGCACACUGAGCAUGCUCUGUUGCCCAUCUGGCACCCUUUGCAGUGGUUCCCUCGGGGGAAAUGGAUGAAGAGGAUGAGACACUGCAUGUGGAACCAGAACCAGGCUCAGACUCAGGACCAGAAUCAGGAGCAGGCUGGAACUUCCAGAUCUUCGGCUGAAUGCAGCACCCCCUCUGCCUCUCAGGCCAACGUGGACUUCCUGAAGAACAUCGGAGAGGGUGUGGCCGCCAUGUUGAGCCCGCUGGGUAUUGACGUGGACAUUGACGUGGAGCACGAAGGUCAAAUGACCAAAGUAACUCCUCCCACUCAGCGCGAGGGAGAAGACGUGGAAAUGGAUGGAGGUGGAGAGGGCGGAGCCAGUCCAGGGCCCAGGGUGAGCAAAGACUCUGAUGAGGAGUGGACUCACCUGAGUUCCAAAGAAGUCGAUCCGUCCACAGGUGAGCUGCAGUCCCUCCAGCCCAGAGGCCGUGACCAGGGGCCCCCGUCGGGUGGGCAGCAGCAGGGGCCAACAGGUCUGAGGGAGGCGGCUCUUUAUCCCCACCUUCCUCAAGAGGCUGACCCCCGCCUGGUGGAGUCUCUGGCGCUCAUGCUGUCGAUGGGUUUCACCGAUGAGGGCGGCUGGUUAACUCGACUCCUUCAGGCCAAGAACUUUGACAUCGGAGCUGCUCUGGAUGCCAUCCAGUAUGCCAAGCAGCCCCGCCCACAGAAGUGACAUUAUCACAACAACAUUGUUGUUUCCUGUAAUGAGUUUAUAUCCUGUUUACUUUUCUGUUAAUCAUUUAACUUUACUCAAUCACUUUUUACUGUUUCCCAACUUUAUUGAUCAUAUGUUUUUGCUUCCUGAUCAAUAAAAACACAACCAACUAAA